GUUUGUUCUGAGAAAUGGAAAGUGAAAGCGGCGGUUUUACCGGAGAGACCGCGGGGAUUCAGGGUUUAGAGUUUAAUGCUGCAGCUGAACAGAACUGAACAUGGAGGGAGCAGGUCUGCAGUCUUCUCCAUCUGACAAGACAGUUAAGGAUUCCUGCAAAUACCUCACUGUUUGCCUUGGACAGACAUUAGCGUGUCACACAGACAUACAGAAUUAUCUUUGUGAACGAAGACCUGAACUAGAGGAGGCGAUAAAUGAUAAGGAUUGUGAUGUCUUUCUGGCUUUCUGUCAUAUUGAUCCACAACUUAAAGAAUCAAUUGAAACUUUUCUUGGUAACCUACCAGGAUCCAAGCCUGUAGCUCUGGUGGUGCUUCAUCAGACAGCAGAAAACAUUGCUUCAGAUUUCAGUGUAGAUUUAUCUAGAAGAAAUAUGGUUAAAGUUGUCUACCUGCUCCAGGAGAAUGAAGAAUUACAGCAGUAUUCGCACAAUAAGACCUCACUGAACGAAGUUGCAGAUUGGCUCAUUUCUGAGGUGAGAAGAGAAAAAUCAAGGAAACAUCCGGAUCCCUGUACAACUGUAAAGUUGUUUAAACAACCUCUGCAGAAAUACCUCAUUAUCAGACCUGGAAAAACAUUAAGGUGUUAUGAGAGCAUAAUGGAGUCCCUUCAAAAACAAAGACCUGAACUUCAGGAGGUGUUUACAGCAGAGGAGUGUGAUGUCAUUCUGGUAUUCUGUCGUAUUGACACACAAGGUGGAUCUGACAUUCACAAAACAAUGAAUUUACUUGCUAGACUACCAGACUCUAAGCCUGUAGCUCUGGUGGUGCUUCACCAGACAUCUGACCCAGAGCACGUGGUUCCAGAUAGAAGUGGAUUAUUUACCAGAGAGGUUAUGUUGGAAGUGGACUUUCUGUUCCAUGAGAAUGAAGAAUUACUGCCGUGCACUAAGAACGAGUCCUCAAUGAACAAAGUUGAACAUUGGCUAAUUUCUGGGAUGAAAAAAAAGAAACCUGCAAUUAAAAAUGCAGAUCCCUGCACAACUGUAAAGAUGGUUAAACAACCUCUGCACAAAUACCUCAUUAUCAGACCUGGAAAAACACUCAAGUGUCAUGAGAACAUAAUGCAGUCCCUUCAAAAACAAAGACCUGAACUUCAGGAGGUGUUAAUAGCAGAGGAGUGUGAUGUAAUUCUGGCUUUCUGCCAUAUUAUACCACAAGGUGGAAAUGACAUUGAAAUAACAAUGAAUUUACUCGCUAGCCUACCAGACUCUAAGCCUGUAGUUCUGGUGGUGCUCCAUCAGACGUAUGACCCAGCGCACAUUACAGAUAUCAGUGGAACUGUAACCAGAGGAAAUAUGGUUAAAGUGCACUUUCUCUUCCAUGAGAAUGAAGAAUUACUGCAGUGCCCUCAAAAUGAGUCCUCAUUGCGUAAAAUUGCACAACAGCUAAUACCUAAGGGAUCAAUGACACCAGACAACACAGCAGUCAGUAAAGAAAUAUCAACUCAAUAUCGUCCUCAGAUGAAAAACAUAAGUGUAAAAAUGAAAGUUUUCUGUCGUGUUACUGGGAACACACUGGGCUCUCAUAAGCAGUUUGUAGGAACCCUCUGCAGUCGAAGAGCAGGAAUACAGGAAGUGUCUACAGUGGAGGAGUGCAACAUCAUUCUGUGUUUCUGUCCUGUUGUUUCUCAAGCUGGAACUGACAUUGAAGCAGCACUGCAGAAACUUGACGAUAUUCCAGUUACAAAGGAUGUAGUUCUGGUGGUUCUCCAUCACACAUUUGACCCGGAGUUCACAGUUCCAGACAGCAGCAGAUCUGUAUCCAGAGAGAACACACUCACAGUGGACUGUCUGUUCUAUGAAGAUCGUGGAAUACUGCACUGCAGACAGAAUGAAGAAGCUUUUAGGACAGUUUUCAAGUUGAUGGACACUAAGGCCAGUACAAAGACAAGUGAAGAAUCUUUCACUAAAACAUUGCCGAACAAAUGUGCGGAGGUAUUUAAAGAAAUAAAGGAGAAAUGGAAUGAGGUGACGUUCGCAAGACCAAAUUUUUUUACUUCAUCAGAAGCUGUAAAACUUCCGAGUCUGCUUCAGAUAAAAAACAAAAUCAAAGUUUUCAGUUUUGUUACUGGGAAAACACUGGACUCUCACAAGGAAUUUGUGAAAACCCUUUGCAAUCGAAGAGCAGGCCUGCGGGAGGUGUUUACAGUGGAGGAGUGUGACGUCAUUCUGUGUUUCUGUCCCGUUGUUUCUCGAGCUGGAACUGACAUUGAAGCAGCACUACAAAAACUUAAUAAUGUAACACAAGGUUCUCACCCUGUGGUUUUGGUGGUGCUCCAUCACAUGUUUGAUGCAGAGAGCAUCGUUCCUGACAGCAGCAAAUCUGUAGCCAGGACAAGCACACUUGCAGUGGACUGUCUAUUCUUUGAGGACAGAGGAAUACUGAGUUGCAGUAAAAAUGAGGAAGCUUACCGCAGAGUUUUAGCGUGGAUUGAGUCUCAGUCAAACAAGGUAUCAAGUUCUGCAAAACACCCUGAGGAUGACACACAACUGAAGAGGUUUAAGAAUGACUCCUAUAGGGAAGAAGGAGGUGCAUGUGGACAAAUGUGAACAAGCAGAAGCACAUGUCGUUUCACGUACCAAGUGCUGAACUAUGAAGAACCUCUGAAGAGGAGCCACAAAUUUAGCCACUAACACUUAUAAUAAUAUAAUUAUGUUUGUGUUAUAAGCCAAUAUGCCUUUUGUCUGAUGUACUGUGAUUAAGUGCUCAUCAUAAAGUUGUAUGUGGUUAUCUAGUAAAUAUGACUGUUGAAAUAUACACAUUACAUAUAGAAAUUGUAAAUAAUGAGAUCCAGAAAAUGUUUAUCUUCCUUUUU